AUGGGCGUCGAUGUUUCCACAGCGGUUACACAAGCGAAUUUUGCCUGUCUAAAAGGAAAAGGAUACAAUUUUGCUAUCGUCCGAGCUUAUCGAAGUUCUGGUACGAUCGAUCCGAAUGCUGUUCAAACGAUUAAAAAUGCUUGGAAUGCUAAAAUGGCUCAUGUUGACGCUUACAUCUUUCCGUGUGCUAAAUGUGGUAAUGGUCCCGAGCAGGUGAGUACAUUUACAUGA